AUGGCCAUCACCAAGAUUCACGCUCGCCAGAUCUUCGACUCGCGCGGUAACCCUACCGUCGAGGUUGACAUGACCACCGACAAGGGCCUGUUCCGCGCCGCUGUGCCCUCGGGUGCUUCCACCGGUGUCCACGAGGCUCUCGAGCUCCGUGACGGUGGUGCCGACUACAUGGGCAAGGCUGUCCUCAAGGCUGUCGCCAACGUCAACGGGGAGCUCGGCCCCGCCCUGAUCGCCGCCAACAUCGACGUCGCCGACCAGAAGGCCAUCGACGAGUUCAUGCUCAAGCUCGACGGCACCCCGAACAAGUCCAAGUUCGGUGCCAACGCCAUCCUCGGUGUCUCCCUGGCCGCUGCCAAGGCCGGUGCCGCCCAGAAGGGUGUCCCCCUGUACCAGCACUUCCGCGACCUGUCGGGCCGCAACCACGACAAGUUCGUUCUGCCCGUCCCCUCGUUCAACGUCCUGAACGGUGGCUCGCACGCUGGCAACAAGCUGGCCAUGCAGGAGUUCAUGAUCCUGCCCACUGGCGCCGCCUCGUUCACUGAGGCCAUGAAGAUGGGCUCCGAGGUCUACCACCACCUCAAGUCUGUCAUCAAGGCCAAGUACGGCCAGGACGCUACCAACGUCGGUGACGAGGGUGGCUUCGCCCCCAACAUUCAGGACAACGAGGAGGGUCUCGAGCUCCUGACUGAGGCCAUCGCCAAGGCCGGCUACACUGGCAAGAUCGAGAUCGGCAUGGACUCGGCUGCCUCCGAGUUCUACAAGGACGGCAAGUACGACCUGGACUUCAAGAACAAGGACUCGGAUCCCUCCAAGUGGGUCGACACCAAGGGUCUUGCUGACAUCUACAGCGGCUUCGCCGACAAGUACCCUGUCUCCACCAUUGAGGAUCCCUUCGACCAGGACGACUGGGAGGCCUACAUCCACCUCCAGGCCACCCUGGGCCAGAAGAUCCAGAUUGUCGGUGACGACCUGCUUGUGACCAACCCCAAGCGCAUUGCCACCGCCGUCGAGAAGAAGGCCUGCAACGCCCUCCUGCUCAAGGUCAACCAGAUCGGUACCAUCACCGAGUCCAUCGAGGCCGCCAACAUGUCGUUCGGCGCCGGCUGGGGUGUCAUGGUCUCCCACCGCUCGGGCGAGACCGAGGACUCGACCAUCGCCGACCUCGUUGUUGGUCUCGGAACUGGCCAGAUCAAGACCGGUGCCCCGUGCCGCUCGGAGCGCCUGGCCAAGUACAACCAGAUCCUCCGCAUUGAGGAGGAGCUCGGCGACAAGGCUGUCUACGCUGGCAAGAACUUCCGUGCCCCCUUCUAA